UAUCUUUAUUAAUAUCCAUCUCUUAUCGCGAAAUUAAAAAAUGAAAGAAUAACGAUAUCAGGUACGAAAAGAAAGAUAAAUCCUAUUAAUGGUAAUCUUGCGAAUUCACACGCGAAUUUUUUCGCGCAGUCUCGGUACCGAUCGCAACAAUAUGAAGCAUUAUGUACGUUUACGUCGUCAAGACGACGCAAUUCGCUUUUUAGUACGUGUACUUGCCCCAUGUACUUAUCCUCGUCUUGACAACAAUCGUCGAAGAAAAAUCACGCUCCUACAUAAAAAAAAAAUGUCUUUGCAUUCCACACCUAUCCUAUAUUUAAAUAUGGGCGGUGAAAUGCUAUACAUUUUGCGACAGAGACUGAAGGCGCAAAAAAUCGACGCUGACAAAACAAUACAAGUAUUGGACGAUGUAACUGCUGCUUUACUCAAUCCUAAGAUAUUGUCGUCGAUAUUCGUGGAGUCACCAAUGAUCGGUGUAUCACACUUGCGCACCACCUUGGAGAAUGUUGUUCUCUCAUCCAUCAUGAAGCUAGAUAGAAAUAGUAUGGACAAACUAUUCGAUCUGAUGAUUAUGAUGGUCAAAUAUCAAUUAAAGGCAGCCACUGGACCAAGGGAGGUCAUUCUCAUUAUUCUGAACCACAUAGACGGGAUACGCAAUAUGGUCAGCGAUGCGAAUGCGCAAAAGUGCGUCACCCUGGUGCAAGAGAUGGUCGUUGACUUCUAUGGCUGUCUGACUUUCGAAGAGGUCUGGAGAGCACGGGAAAGUUGUCUAAAGGAAUUGGAAUCGUAUCAUGUACGAGUCUCGAUUCUCCUGCGACGUGGUCUACAGAAUGAGGACGCCAGCUUUAAUCUUACACCUCAUGGGUAUAAUGAGAGAUAUGUAGAGCACAGGAAUACUCUGGGAACCAUGAAGAUGAAAGACGUGAGCCCUGAAAUGUGCUGUGGCGGAUCUUUUGAUACUUUCGGUGACAGAAAAACAUUAUUAGGCAAAAACAUAUAUUUACCGACAUAUGGUGUAACAGGAAGGCAAGACAAUCAACAGUUCUUGAAAGAUUGUGGUGCGAAAGCGGAAUUAGGUAUGCUAGCUAUUCAGCUAGGAACCGAAGAAACCAAUUAUGAGAGACCAUUCACACUUAAUCUACUGUCAAAUGUGGACGAAGAGAAUGUAAAUAACACGAAUAAAAAAAUCGAUGCUGAAGGAAACAACACUAAACGAAACAAUGCAGAAAACGAGAAGCCAAAAUUGAACGAGGAUUAUAAAGCCAAACUGGACAAUGUAUACGCGGAUUUUUUCGAAGACGAACAGGAAACUUUGAAACGCAGCAUGGAUUUGCUCGAUCUCCUCGACGAGAUCGAAUGAUUUGACUGAU